GACCUCCUCGUACUACCCGUCCUACUGAAAACUAGUAUUUAAUUCUCUUCAGCGUUCCUCUUCCCGCUCAGAGCGGCCCCCCUUGCACGCCCCUCAUGAUAUCGUCCGACGCAAUGCCUGCCGCUCGACCUCUAGCAUCCAUCCAGUCUCUCCCCGCUGAGGUCACAGAGCAGAUCCUCAUCCUCACUGCCGCCGCCGGCUUUCCGACUGCGAUCGCCUCUCUCGCACAGACCUGCCACGUCCUCCAUACCAUCGUAUACCACUCUACGGACCAGCACCUUUGGCGCGAGGUCUUCCUGACCACAUUUGACGACCCGAGGCAGGGUUCAUCCGACGAAGACCAGCAGAGGGACAACCUGGAGUGGGGCAAGGAGUUCCGACGGAGGGUUUGGACGAUGAAUUACUUCCGGCGCACGACAGCAUCUGCGGCGAGUGGCUCCUAUUCUAGCAGUUUAAUAUUAUCUCAGAGCGAACUCACCCUCGCCGAACAAGUCGAUUCCGACAUCUUCGUUCUGGAAUCGAUCAUUUCCGUCGUACGCACCGCUCUCCCGUUCCCCCCAACAAUCUGCUACUCCAUUCCCCGAUCAUACCCCUCUUACAUCCCACAUGGUCCUGGUAUCGAGCCCACCUUCCCAGGCUACUCGAUCUUUCCUCCCCAGACUCAUCCGUCUGCGCGAUCUUUGUCGAAGAACAUCUCGUGGCUCGAAGCGCUCUUUCGCCAUGGCUACCCACCAUCGCUCGCGCAGAAGCUUUCGGGCAUCGAAUGGGAGGGUGGCGUGAUGAUCAACGACCUCAGCACGCUGCAGGCCCGUUUGAUUCAGGCUCUCGGGCGUGUGGUUUCAUAUACUGGCUUUUUGCCGGUCCCUCCAGUUGGCAGUGAGGAAGUCACCAACGAUAGCAUCGCAGAUGGCGUAGACUCUCUGGACGAGGCAGACGAAGAUGCCGCUAAGGAUAUGGUCGACUCCACGUGUGAUCGGAUCGAGCAAGAAGACUUCAUUACCGCUUCGGACGAUGAAGAACCGGUCGACGACACUGCUGGGUCGUCUUUGCCCGACAUGAGCAUCGUGGCGCAGAACCGGCGUGCACGUCGCCUCGCACGCAUGCGCGCAUACAAUUUACGCUAUCUAUCGCCCAACCGAUACUGGGGACCGUUCCUCCCCGUUGAGGACAACCAGUCCGCGGAAACCACCUGCGAAGACGAGUGUGCCGAAGAGGAGGACAUGACACAGUGUCUGGACUACGACUAUUCCAGCAGCAGUGACGAGGACGACGAAGAGUGCGCUCUGUCCGGCUCGCCCGAACAAACUGUGCAACCGCCAGAUGAAGCUCUACUGCUCCCCGACUGGGCGUACCUCGCAGCCGCGCGCGUCAUCGUCGAGGCGAACCUGCGCGAGGCGGUGGGGCCGGAACAGUUCAACGGGCUGACCGCACUCGAAAGCCUGCGUGCGGGCAGUGCCCCGAUGGAUGUCAGCGCGAGCGUGUUCAGUUCGCGAUGUGUGGAGAAACAGGUCAGCGGUAUGGCUGGCGCUUCAGUCCCCUCGACGAUAGGGUGCGCAUCCAUGAGCGACGGGUGGGACUGGGCGGGCGUUACGGGAGUGUGGAGGCGAUGCAUAUGCUGGCUUGACUAUUGUGAUUUGAGAACGCACAACCUCUCAGGUGGCUUCAACGACCCACAGCUCACGGAGGCGGUCCGCAUCGUGCCAAUGCGCCUCCGCGUCGUAUCCUACUCGCCCUCGCCCAUUGCUGCAUACCCCAACCGACCGAUCAUCCAAAUCGCGGGCGAAACAUCGGGCUUGACGACGACUGGGCAGCCGCGCAAGCUCAAGGGCGCCGUGCGCACGCUCGCGGAUGGCAGCGUCCGAUGGACGGUCAUCUUCACUGGCCGGAAAGACGGCGACCCGGACGAAUGGACGAGCGAGGGCGUUCAGAUUGGCGGAGUGACGUCUGCGAUGGGCGUCCUGGGCAUCUGGACGGGCGCGCAGCACGAGAAAUCGGAUCCUCUAGGCCCCUUCUGGGCAUGGAAAGUAGGUUAGAACACCUCCGACGUCUUCAUCUCGACAAUAUGUGUGGGCUAUCUAUUCUUGCGCGGGCGAUUUUGGGCUGGAAUACUUACCACUAUGUAGUUAAAUCUGUCUUUCGUUACGCAUGCGUUGACUUUCGCAUUGCUGUAGUUGCUUUCUAAUUGUAUUCAUUCUAUGUCUCG